AUGGCCAAGCCCAAGAGCAGUGACGACAAUGACAUGAGCUCACUGGGAAGUCUAUUUUACACGCUCCAGGAUGAGCUUACCAACAUGGGCCGAGCACUCGUUUGCCCACUCUGUCUGUCGUCCUAUCGAGAUGCCGUAGUACUUCCUUGUGUUCACGCCUAUUGUCGAUCCUGUAUUCAACAAGCCCUGAGACAAGGUCAAUCUCGAUGUCCCACUUGUCUCACCAAAGCCACCAAGCGAUCCAUGGCGCCAGCACCCAUUUUAAAUCAACUGACCAAGGCAUACAAGGUGGCUCUGCGGCAUUUUGGAUUGGCGCCGGUACAGUUCGAUCCGUCCUACAAUGCCAUGACGCAGAUUGCGCCGGGAGAAAUGACUGCCGAGUCGUCGUUAUUGACCAUGGAACCGCUCCAACGCCGAAAUCAAGGACUGGUUGCCAGUCAUACGCAGUUACUCGUCUCGCGGACUUGGAAAAAAGUUCUCAAAGAAAGCCAACAACAACAAGCACGCAAAAGCAAACCGAACGAAAAACCCAAACAAAAUAAUAGCAGCAAACUGCCAGCCCAUAUUCCCACACAAGGUCGAAUCCAUGAAUGGUAUCAGCAACAACAGGACUCCGUCAUUGCAAGUCACGAAAGAGCACUCAUUGAUGCUGCCAAAGAUCGACAACCGCCGACACUCAGUAUGCAGGAACAAAUCUCCAUGGAAGAAGCGCUGGAAGAGGACGUUGCCAAUCAACAGGCAGAGUUGGAAGAACAGUGGCUCCAGGAAGAGGAAGAACGAAAACAGAAAGAGCAGCAAAAGCAGAAAAGAAAAGAGUCUAAAGAAGAAGAUGAUGACGAGGAUCACACACGGAAACAGCACCAAGAAACCAAAAACAGCGCUCAGCAGGAGCAAGAGGGCAGUCCUUGCGACAGACCCAGUCACAAUAAUCAAGACGAUUCUUCACCUAGCACCUCUGAUGGGCAAGCAAGGGAUGUGCCACAGGAAAACAAUGAAGAUGACAAUGACGCAUCAAAACCUGUGGAUUUAAGUUUUGCUUAUUCUCAGAGAACAGUAUUGGGUGCGCAUAGCUUGUUUGGAUUUGCACAACAAGCUGAGGCAGCAACUCCUGGCACGGUAGCAGCAGAAACAUCCCCGGAACAAUUCCCAACAGAUGACGGCGAGGAUGACAAUGCCGACAAUGGUGCAGCUACAACAGGGGCGGCAGUAGCACAAGAGCAGGUCACCAUUGGGGCACAAAAUGAAAGAGGUUCUGCUGCUUCUUCAGCUACAACUGGCAACGCAAUAGCUGGAGCUAUGGACGAAGAGGGUGGUUCAGAGCCCCCGGUCGAACAGAAGCAGUCAAUGUCUCCAACUGCCGCACGCGGCACCGGUAGUAGACCGCCUGAAGAGUUGGAUCGGACUCGCGACAAUGAUCGUGUUGAUGAGGAUGGUCCAGAGCCCCCAGCCGAACAGCAACAGUCAAUGUCUCCAACUGUCGCACGUGGCACCGGUAGCAAUCGAAAUGGCAGCAACCAGCCUAGCAACAGCAAUUCGGCUGGAAAUAAUGACGAAAACAACAAUCAAAGCGAACGCACCGAGAGGCAAGAGAUUUCUGCCGCCGUCGCAUUCAAGGUGGGCGAAAUCGUUCAAGUGCGGUCAAGAACAUGGCCGGGAGUCAACAAACCCGGUGGAAUUGCUAAAAUCUCAAAGGUAGUGGAUGGAUCCUAUCAUAUCCAAUACAUCUUAGGUGGAAAGGAGAAGAAUGUUGAUGCUGUAUUCUUGAGUAGACCGCCUGAAGAGAUGGAUUGGACUGGUGGCAAUGAUCGUAUUGAUGCCCCAGCAGAUUCGUUGGAUGUGUCAACGAAUGGAGAUGAAACUGUUGCGGCCAUUUCUCAAAGAGAACGCAAAUCAAGGCGAAUCUCCACAAAACGCAGAGAUGUCAAGGUCAAACACGAGAGGAAGGUUCAGGAGCAGAGUGCGAUCUUGCCUCCAGACUUGAUGAAGCAGUUGGCUGCAGAAGGCUUCGAUGUUGCGCCAAUGACGGCUGAACAGGCCACUACGGUACCGAGAGGGAGUGGCUCCGCACGGCGCAAACAAUCCACUGCUCAGGCGGUUGUGGUCCCUGCAAAGAGAAAGUCAACUACUCAGCAUCCGCCCAGCAACAAACGCGGAAGCGCACAGCGGAAAAAGGCUCUAACGGUGACCAGCAAAGCACGGCAAGAUGAAAAAGACUCCCAAGUGAAGAAUAGGAGCACUGCCAGAACGAGCAAAGGUCGUGCCCCCAAAAAGCAAAAGGCAGGUCCAGAGGUUUCUGCCCCAGUGCAGUCCUUGCCAUCGUCCAAUCGCGAUGUUUGCAGAUUGGCUGACGAGAAAUAUGCCGUGAAGUUUCAAAACGGUCUGGACAACUGUUUGAUUAGUGUGAUUGCAUCUGGCUUGUCUGAUGACGACAAGGCUUCCCUCAAGGCACUCAUCAGCGAAGCUAAGGGGUUUGGAAACGUGCGAAUCAAACAAAGCGAUGCUUUCCGUGCCAAAAAUACGACUCUUUGCAUUGUGCCGGCUGCUUCGAAAGAUGAUGACGACGAAAAUCUUGUGGGCAACGGUCGCACGCUCAAGGGUAUGCGUUGUAUGUUGGCGGGGAUUCCGCUUGUGUCUCCUUCUUGGAUUGCACUGUGUCGAAAUCAAGGGCAAAUAACCAUGCCGUUGGCUUCAAUGUUGGUUCGAUCUCUUCCAGUCAAGGUAGAGGCUGUCAGGAGGUGUGGUGUGGCAGACUAUGCGGUUGCUAAAAUGGCGGCCAGAUACGAUGGCAUGCGACUACUUGAAAAGUUUACAGUUCAUCUGCUUGGGCGCUUUGAUCGGCCCCCCAAGGAAGAUGUUCUGUUGUUGCUGAACGAAUCAGGGGCAAGGGUGUCCACACAGAUGACGUCCACUGUAGCUUGCUUGGAGCGUUGUAAAUCUGGCUCAUCGGAUGAAUCACUAGUCCUCUUGUGCGACGACAAUUGCAGCACAUUCUCAGACAGCUUGUAUCGCCCGUUGAAAGCAGCCAUCGAAAGGGGAGGUGAGGCGAAGCAGAAGGUGCUGAUUGUGAAUUUCAACUGGCUCUUUGAUUCGAUCGCCGCUGGAUCGGCAUUGUCAAGCGACGCUUACGGCCCCAUGCAAAAGAAAGGACGGCCAUUCGGGCUGUGGAGGUUGCUUCAUCCGCAGUCAUAG